CUUGAAGCUGUCGGCUGAGCUCACCUAGAGUCAAUAUUCUUUCGGGCUACUCGUCCAUCUCCAACUCGUUCCUGAUCAGUCUCGGUCCGUCAUCCCCAUAACCUUGCCGCCGUUAUCUUCUCUCAUGGCUGCCUACCUUGCUACCCGAGUAGUAUCGAUCAGCUAGGCACCUGUUCAUAAUGUCCAUUGCAAUCUGGCCUCCUGUCUCGCCAGCCGAGCUCAGACUUAAAGCCUCCGAAACCCAGGUACUGCGACCUCCUGCGGCGAAGCGAAACGAGAGGAAAUAAGCCAAGAAAAUAUGCUGAUCUACUUUGAUAAGGUACGCGAACUCGAUUGGAUCGUCGACGAGACACUCGAGGUCUGCCGCGAUCUUAAACACGGCCUCGAGGAUUGCUAUGCGCUCCUCGCGCCUAUCGAUCCGGGCAGUACACUCGUCAUGAGUACGCCGCGUAACGAAAAAGUGAAGGGCACGCUCACUCGUGUCGGUACUCGUAUUGUUAAAGGCACUAUACACCUCCAGCUUCGAACGAUACCUCCACAGACACUGUCCCUCUCGCAGUCCAAAGCCACCCAUAUCCAAGGCCUCGAUGCUUUGCACGGCUACCUAAACCAGUCCAUAGAUCUCCUCGCUAUUACUUUGUCUAAACCACAGGACGCUAGCUCACUCGCCUCUACUCUCAGCAUCCUUGCUGAUUCUCUCUCCGAUUCAUCAGCUAUUCUUAAAGGACCUCCUUUAACAGACUCUGAUCCUGCUUGGCAGAUGUGCUCGUGUUCACCAGAUCAGUUUGUGCCAUCAAUUGGGCCCAACCUCAGCUUUUAUCUAGGUCUUCAAGAAAGCUGCAUAAUUCUGUGGCUGCGUGCUCUAGAACCUGUUCAUGCGCAUGUUCAUUUUGGCACCAAGCUCGGUCUAGCCUUUGGAACUGUACGUCGGCUGGAGCAUGACGAGAUGGACACCGUUUUCCGGUAUAACACACAGGGGUCCAACAUUGGCGGCUCGAAGCGGGGCAGUGCCCGCCAUACCCCGGAGCCAGGAUCGUCCGCUGCAGAAGUGGAUAGUAACGAUAUUCAGGAAGUCUAUGUCCGGGAAAAGGUACGCGUCGAAAGCGCAGAUCCGAGUCUCAUAUCUAUUCAGUCCAAGCUUAGCUACCUCAGUCACAUGCUUGGCCAAGCCCGAAGGAACAUUGCUGAGGUCCUAAGUGUUGACUCUUAGAAGUGAGGGGAAAGGCCAUGUGAGCAGCUUUGCAUGUAAACUGAUUGGAUACCCUUGGCGUUAAGGUGAAAAUGGUUGUUAUUGGGCGGGGUUUUCGCUUCCAAGCUUGUUUCGAAUUAUCAUAGGCUUCGAAAGCGUUAAAUCGGCAUCACUUUAUGUCGCGAUGUUAUAAAUACUCGUUGUUCGGUUUCAGAUGAACUUGCAGAAAUUUAGAUAAUACAUCUAUCCAUGCAAUCCAUAAUCCACAUUCCACCGCU